CAAAAUGGAUGCUGUGCGUACGUUGUGGGGAUAAGCAGUUGCGGCAAAGACUUUGUCUGGUAAUCUUUCGUCCGCAGCGCAUUCGUCAGCAAGUUGUGCCAAACAUACGCCGUGCUUGUGCGUGGCCGUCACUGUAAACGGAUCAUUAUUCCACCCACGCCACAGCUGUUUUCUCAACUUGAUGAAGUAUGCAGGCCUUGGACAGCAAGAAAGAUAUUCAAGGCCAGGUUCCCAUCGGUGUUUUCUGGGACAUCGAAAACUGCCAGGUGCCGCGGGGAAAGUCGGCCACAGCGCUAGUCGGGCGCAUCAGGCAGCUCUUCUUCAGGGGCCAUGCGGAGGCCGAAUUCUUGUGCGUCUGCGACAUUCGCAAGGAGCUGCCUGAGGUCGUGCAAGAAUUGAACCUGGCCCAGGUGACCGUGGUCCACAUUAAUGCCGUGAGCAAGAAUGCCGCUGACGACAAGCUCAAGCAGUGCAUGAGGCGGUUUGUCGACAUUCACGGAAGCCCCGCCACACUCGUGCUCAUAUCAGGAGACGUCAACUUUUCGACGGAUCUGUCGGACUUCCGGCAUCGACGGCAGAUCCGCGUGGUGCUGGUACACGGAGGCUCAGCCCCCGAGGCCUUGACUGCGUGCGCACACGAGUCCUACAGCUUUGCCGAAGUGGCAUCAGGGGUGCCUUUCCGCACCCCCCGUCGUGAGGGAGUCCACUGUCUGGAGUUGAUGGUUACCAAUUUACCGAUGACCAAGUCGCCAGGCAAGCUGAAAAGCCGACUGAAGCAGCUGUCGGAGAACUGCGGAGGACGCGUGACCUCCAUUAGUGGCGGAACGGCCUUUCUGAAGUAUCCCACCACAAAUGCAGCCCUCAGUGGAGAGGUGUCGGAGAACUGCGGAGGACGCGUGACCUCCAUUAGUGGCGGAACGGCCUUUCUGAAGUAUCCCACCACAAAUGCAGCCCUCAGAUCACGCGUGCGCAUGGACGGUGAGAAUGUCUGCGGGAAUGUGAUUUCGGUCAGUCUACACACACCAAGACAGCGUCGGUCACGGAGCUGUCAAAGUGGAGCGAAACGAAGCAGCAGUAGCAGCAGCCGCAGCCCAGAGUCAUCGUCAGUUGAAGCAGAUAACUACCAGAUGUUAACAUCGCAGCGGCGCAAUGACAGAUUCCCUGUUGUGGACAUGUGGAACCCAGACGUUGCCACGACGUCACUGGCUGGGCCGGACAUUGCAGCUCCCGUGGAGUUCAAAAGGCCAAGGAGUGUGGGACGUGUGUCUCCCUUCAUGCGCAGCAGCAGUCAGCCAGAAGUUCCCAGUGUCCAGACCUCCGGCGGUGCGCAAGUCCCGGAUCCUCUUUCGGGACGGACUGUAGGCAUGCCCUCACGCCACCGGUCAUGCUCUCCAACCAAGACCGGCAACCUACCACUUUUCUACGGUAUUCCCAGAAUGUGUGAGGGUGUGCCGGCCCAAGCCGGUCUGCAGGCUCUGCCCGGAAGCCUCGUGCAAGCCUUGCCCCUGCAUCGGCAUCAAAACGCCAUUGCCUGUGGCGGCAACAUUGCCUUGGAAGAGAGGCUACAAAACGUUUCAUUGCAGGAGCCCAGCAACACUCCCGCUUGCAUCCGUGUCUCAAACCUCGACCCCAACAUUGAGAUUAACGAUCUAAAAAGGUUGCUCUUGGCUGUCUUUCGGGAGCACGUGACGGUCCUGAACAUCACUCUGAAUGUCCAACGAGAUGGCAAUGUCAAGGCAUAUGUACACGUGCCAAACGCAUUCGAAGCCAUACGAGCGUUCAAGCACAUCCACCAGCGCCGUCUGGGCCUCUACUGUCUCCAUCUCAGCGUCGACGACAAAGUCCUGGUGCAGUUGCCGUCCCAACAUUUACAGACAGGAUCACCUCUGUACUGCCCGAUUCAUGACAACUCCACACCUGUUGCUGCGUCACCUGGCACACCCAGACUCUUGCUCAAACCACUGCCCGAGGUUUGCCUACCUCGCGCAACAUGGAUCACACAACUUGGGAAGCUGCUGGACAUCCACGAUGGCUCCCUGCUCUUGGACAGCUUCAAGGCGUGUUACAGGGCCGAGUUUGGGCCGCUGCCCAUGGCAACUAAGUUGGAGAAGUGGCAGGCAGGCACCGUGCCGUUGGAACACCUGGUGGCAUCAGUGCCGGGUGUCAGUGUCGUGACUUCCAAGCGGGGCUUCAAACGAGCCAAGCGGGAGCCGCCCAAGCAAAUAGGCAGCGUCAAAAAGGGCUCAACCAUGGAAGAGUUUGCAUCCAAAAUGGUGGACCUGCUAUGUGCACAGCCGCACUGCAGGUUGGAACUCGGAAGGUUCCAGGAAGUGUACAAGAAUCAUUAUUCCCGUCCAAUCUGCUUGCUGAACUUUGCCUGCAGCAAAGUGUCCGACCUCAUGGCAAACAUCCCAGAAGUCGUUGAGGUCCUGGGCCACGGCUCUAACGGCAUCAUCACACUGACGCACGAGGAACAGAUGAAGCGGUUCGUCUCGGACAUUGAGCGCCUGUUUAAGAAGCCUGACGCCCCCAAGACCAUGUCACUGUCCACCCUACUCAGCCAUUUCCAGGGUGCAUACAACCGGCCACUGGAAGUGGCUGACUACGGAAUGUGCACCCUGGAUGACCUGCUCGAUGCUGUGCCCGCAACGGUGCUUGUGGUGGAGCGGAAGGAAGGCAAUACGUUUAUCACUUAUCCUGACUUGGUGUCGCCGGAUCCGACGAUGGAGCAAGCAGAGCGCCUGCGCCAGUUUGCCAAGGAACUGGUCUGUCUGCUCGGUCCGACCGGCGACAGAGGCCUUCCGUUGUCCGAGCUGAGCGCCGCCUACCAGCAGCUGUUUGGCCGGCCUCUUCGCAUUUCAAACUACAGGCCGUUUGGGAAGCUGGCCCAUCUCAUACAGGCCAUAUCUGACGUUGCCGAGGUGCGCAGCAGUGGCAGUCGGAAAAUGGUGCGGCUAGCACCCAGCUACCGGCAUCCAACGUCACAGCCGCCGCCCGUCGCUAAAGAGGUGUGUUUUCUUUUCAUGGCAUCAACUCUCCGGUCUCACAAGAGCAACCCGUUGGCGUAUGCCAACAGGGAUGCACACACUUCACACUUGGGGAACACCACCGGUCUUCGUAGUGUGCUGGGAAAGUACGUGUACUGCGAGAUAAGCGAACUGUUCACUAUUCAUGGACAUGGAAGGCAUGGCAAAGAAAGGAAACGAGGCAAUUCGAAGAAGACAGCUUGGAGAAGAGGCGGGAUGAGGAGUGCGUCCUGGACCUGCUGUCCGAGCCCGACAGCAGUAUGGCUGGACCAGCUGUGGGUUGCAUUCCACGAGCGCUGCGGCUCGUACCCGAAUCUCUCGCUCCUGCGUGGCCUGGAGCACAAUGACUGCAUUGUCUUCUACCGGGACGCUGGCCGAGUGAAGCUGUCGCCUCGGUACCGGCUUGCCUGGCAGCUGCGUCGUCUGCUCUGGUCCCUCACGGAACCCGGCGAGGAACCACGGCUCUCCUUGGCCCUGCUUGAAGACGCUUACCGUCGAAGACAUGGUAAACCCCCACCGCUGCAGCAGCUACAUUUCGAAAGCUUAGAAGAACUGCUCGAGUCAGUGCCCAAGUACUUCACCCUGUCCGGGGACCGGGAUUCGCGGUCUGUUAGCCUGGUGAAGGUCAACAGGGGGCCAAAGGUCACCGUGGAGGAGCCGCACCUGUUGGAGCCAACGAGGGCAUCUUCUCCGGUGAACAACUUGAGCGCUUGCGCAGACGACACGGCUAGCAGCUUGGAGAGUGGCACAGAGCCGGAGUUGCUGGUGCUUUGCCCACUGCCGGAGCCGGAGCUGAUGCAGCUCUGUCCGGAGCCAGAGCUCAUGCAGCUGUGCACGCUGCCGGAGCCAGAACUGCUGGAGCUCUUCCCUCCAUCGGAUGAUGACUUGCUUGACAGGCCGAUUCCAAGCAACUUGCCGUCCCCAGUCAUCUGUCCAGAGAUCUCACCGGCUGGGGACCUUAUGCAGUUCGACACGGCAGAUAAUGACACUAGGCCCAGUUCGGAGGCCGACUCGGCCGAGAUUUUAGACUCCGUGUCGUCUGCCACCCAGCCCACCAGAAAGAAGAGGCUCGCCGCCUUGUUCCCAGUCCCGCUCGCACAAUAACCGCCAAGGUUACUGGCACGGGGUGCGCAUGUUUUUCGCUCAGGAGCACGUCUCGGGGACCAGAUCUGCCGCCAGCAGCACCACUUCCAUCGCUACAUCUUUUUCUACACUUGCAAAGAUUCGCUCCUUGUGUUUCAUGACCUCACAAAGUGUCGGUAUCCACUAGUACUAGCAUUUUUAUCCAUGCUUUUUUUUCCUUUUUUUAACAUUGUGUGCUUGUACCUGUGCAGCAAAUAUGCUUCGUGUGAAUGAUGCCGGUGGAAGUGAUUCAAGGUGGGGCUUGGCCUGCCACCACUCGUUUGAGACAUUUUUUUUAACAUGCAAUAUGAUUUUAUACUUUCAUUUUCUCUCGCUUUCUCUGUUGUGAUCUUUGUACAGUCAUUUUUUUAUGUCCUUCGCUCGCUCUUUCGUCCUGCCAUCAGUCGUAUACAACAUUUUCUUUCUUUCUUUUUUUUCCCCCCUUGUUUCGUUUCACCUUUUUCCUCAUGAACUCUGUACAGUCACUUUUUUGUGUGUGCGUGUGACUUUACCUUCCUUUUUCAUAUGAUGACACUGCGUGUUCAUCAGUGCACACUCUCGAAUACAUGACUUGCAAGGCUUUAGAGACUUGCUUAGCCAAGUGCUUGUUGCCUUUAUGGUCACUUUACCUGUUGGUCUGGAAUUGCAUACGCUGUGGUAUUGCAUUUCUCAUUACUGGGCAGUGCAGUCACCUGUGGAACCUUACGGGAGACAGGACUUACGGAAAAGCUGAAUUCCCACAAAGCCAGGGCACGUAGCCUGGAAAUCAGUCUCAGAGUGGAUCAUUGAUCUCUGAUUUAAUGAAUCACGGUUUAGGUCAUUGCAGCCUUCAGUGACUCUUUGAAUUAGAUGUGCUAUGCCUUAAGAGAGCACAAAUUCAGAUGUGUCGUGGAACCCGCGUCCUGUAAACUUGUGGGGCUGAUUGUGCCGCUUCAUGAAAUGGCAAGUUUGACAGACGUCAUGCAUGCUGUCUUUCAAUGCAAAAGGGCAGCAACAUUUUAACAUAACCAUUGCUUUCUUUUCUUCUCUCUUCUUUCUUCAAUCAAAGGAAAACUGUAGUAUACAUUUAUACGUGUAUACACAUAUUCAUGCACACAUUUAGAAUGAGUUCUGUCAAUAUGAAUGCGAAGUGCUGGUGUAACUUAUUGCGUAUGUACCCCAGCUUUUUUUGUUCUACUCUUUGUUUUUUUCGACGUAUCAUAGCAGACUAAAAAAUGUGAGCAGGACAAUCUAGACACAAUAACAAAAAAAAAAACAAGAUGAUUCUACCAGCUGUUAGUAGAAUACUGGCGCAGUAGAUUUUUAUGAAAAGUGCACUGCUUCACUAAUCUAACACACCGUUGUUCUGUCAGUUCAGCCACAGUCUCACCGUUCAAAUUGACAGCAUCCCAUUCACAUUUCAUUAUUUCACAAUAGCACAUGUAGCAGACAUCUGAUGAAGAAUGCAUGCACCCAGAAUUUUUUUCAAGAUGGGCACAAAGGUGUUUUUAGCCACCAAGGCUCGUGUGCGAUGUAUUUAUGUGUUUUCCAGAUUUACAUGCGAUUACUGCUUGUGACGUGAAAGGGCUCAACUGUGAUAAACAGUAGAAUGUGUCUGCAGCGUUCUUGUGAAAAAGAAAAAAAGAUUCAUCGCCCUGAACCUUCAGUGUAGUAUGAAUGUAUAUUAGUACAGAGUGUUGCAUUGCUACAGGAUAAACGUUUAAAUGUUCCUCGUACCUCAACGAUUGCCUCACUUUCGCAGAAAUGUUACCAGUACCUGCCACCUACUGGUGAUAUUUUUUGUCGAAGGUCACGUUUUGCAGUGGUACCUGUCUUUCAUGUUGUUUCUCUGUCGUUGAACGUGGCAUUUGACAAAAGUCACCACUAGAUGUAACUUCGAUGCGUAAUUUGAACGCGAAAACGAGUUGGAAGUUGAGGCAAACAAAUUGUUCAUAUUUGUCCACUAUAAUGAUACAACACUCUGUAGCUAGGGUGGCUUGUCACCGGCAUCUUGUGUAUCGUGUAAGAUAUUGCCAUGUCAUAUACUACUACCUCUGUAAAUAUCAGUUGUGCACGUAAUAGUUUUGUGCAUCAACGAACCCCCUCCCCUUUACUUUCUUGUUUUGAAAAGUGUGGGUGUUUAACUUUCAGCAAAGAAGUGUGAUGAACUGUUUAUUUCAUUUUAAUUCAUCUUAAUUCACAAUUUUUUACUUCAUCUUCACCAUCAUUCACUCAGUGUGUAGUCAUACUGACAUACAUUGUCUCACAGACACACAUUCAAGCUGUGGAACACAGUUGCGAUGUCAGGCUUAAGGCAGUUCAGUUAGAAUUACAAGAAAAAUGAAGGAAAAAAAUAGAAAAAGAGAUAGUAGCUUUUUUUGCAUACAAAUGCCUCCUGCAUCAGCCUCGCAAACGUUGUGGCAUGAGUUCAACUUUGGUGACCACAGAAACAACUUUCAUCCUGGUGCUGUUGCAUGUAUUGAGGGACACAAGUGUUGUUGUGCUUAUCACCUGAAGGCCAAACCUUGCUCCGUUUUGCAGGAUAAGAUUCUUAUCACUGGGUUUGGUUUCGCCAUAGAAUGCUUGGCAUGGAGCAUGUAUAUUGAAACCAGAUGACUAUAACAUUUCUCUAUUUUAUUUCAUUUUAACGAACCACAUUCAGUUGCAUUCCGGGCAGAAGUUACGCCCUUAAGACGACUGGAGAGUGAUAUCGUCAUGAAAUGCAAACUGCAUGGUGUUAAGUGAAUUGUAAGCUGUAUAGUAUGGCACACUCAUAAAGAAAGCACCUAAGUGGUAAUGCAUCAUAACUGUGGCAUUCCUUUUACUAUGUCACACAAACGUGGCUGAUAUGACGUAUUAAUGCCAGGCCAUGCAUUAAAAGUUAUCUGAGGCCUUCAUCUUGUAUUUCAAAUGUAAACGAUUGGUGAAUGCUAAUUAGUUAUUUCCUUUAAGAGUGAGCCUUACUAUACAUGUAUAAAAGGUCUGUCGAGACACAGCGAGCGAUUGCCUCAUCAAGGUUUUGUAUUAGAUGUGUUUUGUUUGUGUGGAAGCUGCCGUUCAAGUGAUGCUCGUGAACAGUUUAUUUUUUUUUUUUUUAUGUGUGGGGGGAAGUUCUUUCAUAGCAUUUGCUGUUAUGUCAGCCAUUUUGUUUUUUGUGCGGUGUGCAACGUGUUCAGUUUGGCUUUAGAGUGGGCCUGAAAUGCAGGUAGCAACCUGUCAGACUAGACCAGAUGAGACGUGCCUUUUGUGUUGAUUAACACAGUUUAGCAAUUUGACGCUCUAUGUACUACACUGUUAAGGACUGCUGUUCAGGCCUUGCAUUGGACGAAUGGACUGCUUGGUUUCUUUGAUUGUAAUCUGUGGGAAGAAAUGUAACUGCGACUGCCAACACAGUGAAAACGAUUACCAUUUUUUGGCAUGCUCUUAUAACGUCUGUUUUGUCUUUAUGAUGACCUUUGUAGAUUCCUCACAUGUGACGUGGUGUACAGUCGUCUGCUUUUGUGGAAAAAACACCUUGUUAGUGUUCAAUGCGAUGCAACUUGAACACAUUUUUGCAUUGUGGGGAAAAUGAGGCUGACGUAAUCCCUGAUGCAGAUAUGCAGUGCAUAAAGACGAGUGCAUAAAGGCCAGUGGAAGCAAAGCUUUGCAUCACUUAAAGAUGUUUGUAGUAAUAAUGUAGCUCUUGAGAAUGCCAUCAAUUUAAAAAACAGGUGCCUAAAUAUGUAUCUGUAUUUUAAUUUUAUUUUAUUCAGUACCGGCAGUGUGAGGCAGACGGCGUGUUUAGGCAUAGUAUCUGUUCUUUUCUUCUGUGUUUGGAUUUAUUAUAUGUUCGCACAAGCAAACUCUUUCCCUGAACACGGUAAUGGUGAGACAGAUGGUGUUUUUAGACAUUGCAUUUGUUGUUUGGUUUUAUUGUAUGUUCUCACAAUCAAAAUUAUGUACUAAAAUGUUAUGCCCUCACUGCCUUCUUGGUCAUAGUGAGACAGACGACAUCUUCAGGCAUGGUAUUUGUUGUGUUUUCUUUGUGUUUGUUUUUACCAUGUGUUUGCACUAGCAAAAUUCUGUACUGAAAUUUACGCCCUCUACUUUAUUGGUAAUAGUGAGACAGACAUGUCUGGGGCAUGGCGUUUGUUGUUUCUUUGGCGUUUGUUUUUAUGAUGUGUUUCAUGAAACAAAAUUCUUCACCGAGAUGUUAUGCCGUCACUGCCUUCUUGGUCAUAGUGAAAGACAGCUUUAGGCAUAGUACCUUUUUUUUCCAUUAUUAUAUGUUCUCAGAAGCUAAGUUUUUCACUGAGAUAUUAUGACCUUUAUGUUUUCUUGGUCAUUGUUAGCAUGAUCGUGGCAGUCAUCGUAGUUAGCCUUGGGGUUGAAUAAUGACAGCUGCCAAUGCGUUCACACAGACUACCCGAUGUUGUGAAAAACAUUGUGUACCCUUCGAUCAAUUCAAGGCACUGAACCUAGCUCAUUAGAAAAGCGCAUUUUCUUGUUUUGUUUACUCAUCUUAGUUGUGUCGUCACCCCUUCAAUAAUGUGUCCCUAGGUGUAUUAGUUUGUGGGAACUUGCACUAUCGUGGACAAACGACACAAGAAGUUAAGACUCAGUUGAGUGCAUUCUUUUGGUUGUGCUUUUGCCACUUAGGACGAUGUCUGUAUGAUUCCGGCUCGAACACUUUUCGUUUUGAGGCUUAUGCCAUUUUUUGGCAACCGGAGACAUAUAGGGACACAAUAUCACACGCUCACAUCAUUUGCUCACAGGGAGUACUGUGUGCUUUUCCAUUCACAUUUCGUUUAUCCACGAUGGUACUUUGACAGCUUCACCGAUCUCCAGUGUCACAGUCGUGACAACCUUGUGAAGCAUCAUUGUGCGUACUUAAGUCAUAUGCAGAAGUCUGUCACAUGAUUUUGUAAGAGUGAGUCAAAGUGAAAUUGUUGUGGGAGUCUACGAAGAGUAGCAUUGUACAGUCGAUCCCAGAUAUAUCAAACUCGUAUAUAUCAAAUUAUUGCCUUCGUCAAACAGUUGUAAAAUCCCCUUGAAAAUCCCAUGCAAGAAGUAUAGUGAUGUACUUUACGUACACUGAACUCCCGUUCAUUGCUACAUUCGAUAUAUUGACUGCUGCACUGAGCCGUGCCCCUGUAAGUGUGCUUCUUCUAAUGUAGACGCGAUGGCUGCUCACGUUGUUGGAAAUAUUCAAUCCUGACAAAUUUUGAAUGGUACUGUUUUGGCAGAUGCUGUGAAACAAGACAUUGAAUCUGGAGUGCAGUAUGUGCCAUGAAGGGAAAAUGAGCAAGGUGCUCUCUCGGUUAUGCUCGAUGCCACAUGAAUGGCCCGUGCUAACUGCAGCCGUUCGUUAUCGCAAAUUGCAUUUUAGGAUUUCACGAGCAGCCAAAAGAAGUCCGACUCACACCUCCACUUGGACGAAUCAUUUUUCCUUUAUUAAUUACUUCUCUCCACCUUGCGGGUUUCCGCAGAACUAUCACGUCAAACUCUUGCCUUUGCUUCGAGUUGUUUACAAAUUCGACUUCACCCUGCCAUCUGCUAGCCACCUGGUUAGAUCAGAUGGUAGAGCAGCUGGCCCAGAAAGGCGGUGGUCCUGGGUUCGAGUCCCGGACCAGGACGAAUUUUUCUUCAACUGCGAGGCUCUUCUUUCGAAGAACCCGUAUAGGUUUCUUUUGUAGCAAUUGCUACGUACAGGUGGAUGUCUGAUUUUUCCUUUACUGUUUAGAAUGGUCGAGAAUUUGCAAGGACUACUGGUUCCAACAGGAAGUCUAUUCCGAAAUGCAACUCGUUGCUUGCAUGUCAUGAUCGGCCGGAGUGUUGUUGGUAUUGUAACGGACAAGUGGUUGAACACGUUCGUGCGCCAUUUGCUGUACAAGUGCCCUGAUGACAGCACGGUGUGUAUCUGUUCAGGCUAGUUUGCUUCCAUCGUGCGCUCAUAUCUACCUUGUCUGGUGUAAAAACGCACAACAAGCACUUCGACGUGACCAAGAUGUACCGCAGUCUCACGUUUUGGUGAUGCAGGCUUUUAAGGUUAGCAUUGUGAUCAGUAUAUCAAAGACCGUGCCGCAGUGCGAGCUAUUUGCAACAUUCUUGAGCAAAAAAUAAGUCGGCCUUUGUUUUUACGAAACGGCCCUCAAGAAGCAAAUUGUUAGGUUCCUACUUUUCACCAUCUCGGGAAACUGCCCAAGAUGUGCAGAGGUUUCAGAUGAGCUUCAGAUAAGCAUAUUUUCUAUUUCGAAUUAUAGAUAUAUCGAACUAUUUCACAAUUCCCUUCGAGUUCUAUAUAUCAGGGAUCGACUGUAUUCAUGCACUGAAUUUCAUUCAGUGAAAGCCUCAAUUUUCAUCAACAAGCAUUGUUGUUGCGUUAUUGUGAAAUACAGAGGGUUUAGUGUGGGAACACAGUUUACUACAAAAGCUUACGGAACACGGAAUUUGUGGAAAAGGUGAAUUCAUGCGAAGCCUUGGCUCCCAGCCUCGAAUUUACUGUUUCGGUAUGCAGUAGCUUUUGUGAUGUACACAGCGAUUCAUAAAAUUAUAAGUGCUUUGCCUUAACAGAGCAGGAAAUCACAUUUGCCCAUUUUGCAUCUAUCCCGUAUCCCGUCAACUUUUGUAGCAUGCUGUAAGUGGUUUGUCAAUGUGAAAGGGAGCACCAGAUUUGUGUUCGGUGCUGGUAAUUCUUGUUCACGCACAAAAUAUUCUUGAAACCUUCAUGAGAGAUAUUCGUCGGUGCAAGAUAUUGUCUGUUUUACCAGAAACAGACUUAUUAUUAAGAGCUCCUAUGGUAGAUAUCCUAGUUCUGUCACAUCAGCCGGAUUGGUUGAAGGGGUGGCACUAUCUGCAAGAAUUGUAGAGUAAUGCUACGUAAUUAACAGUCACUGAUUAAUUUUGUAAAUAAUCACUUUGAAGUGAAUGACUCGUUUGCAGAAUUGAAGUCAAGCAGCAGGGAAGUAAUAUUCAUUCAGCAUAAAUCUUGUGCCUGGCACCAGCUUUGAGAACUACAUCCUCAAGAUCAGUGGAGAGAUGCUCUGAUUCUCCAGUUAACACUUUAAGCUUAGAACGGUAGAAAAUUUAGCUAGUUGGCAGGAAUUCAUGUGUCAAAAAAGCUAGGCGCUUAGGCAUGGACAUAAGAGAGAAACUAACAGCUAUUGUCCAUCUCUCUUUUCUUGUGCAUGUGUCAGCACACUUAUCUUUUUUCUAACGUAUAAUAUGUUAUGCACUGUGAGAAAUGGAGUGCUGAUAGGUGUCAUCUUAUCGGUACUUAACUUAAAGUUAACUUGAAGUGGUCAGAGCUGACUGUUAAAUUCAAAGUGUCAGCGCAUUUUGCCACAGACUUCAAGGGUGUAUUUCCAUAAGGUGACGGUAAGUGCAAGAUUUCUGCUAAACGGAUAUAACUUCAUUACUACUUUGCUUCAAUUCGGCAAUCAGGAUCAAUUACAGAGUUUAUAAGUGAAAUAUUUCUCUUCAGCUGUCAUUCUGCAAUUGUCUUGCAAGUAGCAUUCCAACUCUUUAGUUAAUCCAGCUGAUGUGAGAGAAUUGAGAUAUCUGCCACAGAUCUUCAGUGUUUCCAUAAAAAUAAAUAUCCUGGCAUGAUGAUUGAUGAACUUAGUGAGUUUCUAGCUUACACGUUUGCAGCAAUUGCUGCUUGAACACAGAUAUCCCUUUUAUACUUAGCUUCCUGCUGUAGACCCGUACGGGUUGAAUGAAUGUAUGUAAAAUAGAAAAGAUAUGUGAAAAUAAGAUGAAUUUAACGUUUUGUAUAACAAGUGUUGUACAGCAGCAGAAUCCCUAAGAUUGGCGAGAUAACUCCACCUUGCAGCAAAUUAGGGUGUCACCAGGAAUGUGGUUUUAGCUGCGAGGCAUGUCUCGUUCCAAGGUCAUGAGAAGCACUCUAUUAGGCAAAAGAGGGCAGGCCAUCGUAGUAUAAAGUUUUAGCUUGUUUUAAAUGUACUAGAGUUAUAUGUGUACCAGAAUAUUGGAAGACGGGGACAAGAGCAACAGUUCUGGUAGCGCCGUCUUGUGGCAGUCUGUUUAACUACAGUGUGUAGAAUAUGUGUUGCAAUGACCAACUGUCUUCCAUUUGUCUGCUGCCAUAAAUGAGUUGCAGGUGAAAUAAUCGUAACAAAAGUGUUACGAUCCUCCUUUUUUGAGGAUCAUGCAAUGCAAGAAUGUUUGUCGUGCAUUGUAACUGCUCACAGCAUUGCAAGAUAUUGUCACAAGCAAUGUUGUUCCCCAACAUAUCUUUAUUUAGUGUGGGCAUAUCAGUGUUUGUCUACGCUAAUACAUCUCUAUUAUGCUAAAACUCUAUGAGGCAUGAAGAUGAGAAAUGCAGGUUUCAUGUUUCUACUUUGCACUAAGAUUGGCUAAACACCAUUGAUUUUCAGUAGCUGUAUGGGUCAUGGUAAUCGUAGAGAAAUCACGGUUGUGUCUGCCGUACCUUUGGCAUGAUUGGGCAGCUCAUUUUAACUUUUUAUUGUUGCACAACAGUGGCCUGUGAACCUUGCUCAGAAAGUGCAAUAAAAAGAUUUGAUCUAA